AGAAAAAAGCCCAAAACUAUUUUUCUAAAAUGUCCUUUCCGUGUGAGAAAAAGCUAUACGUAAAAAGCUCCCAACUUUCCAAGUCAUGUUUUCCCCCCACUGUCUUAUCAGUUUUCUGCUCUGAGAAGUAGACUGUGGACUCUGCCAGUGCAACACCCCUCAUUUUUAUUUAUUGUUUUUAAGAUGAACUUUGGUCCCUGCUGAGGACUGAGGGAGAAGGGACAAAGUUCACAGGGCGCACGUAAGGAGGAGGGGGUGAAUAGGAGGAAGGUUAGAUUAAAAGAAAAUUGACCUUUGAAAGCAAAAACAACAAGUGAAAAGCUAAAACCGGACAGCUCUGGACACAUCGGGAGGAUUCAGCAAAGGAAAAUGAAAGUUUACUUUCUCAUGAGCUGAAGAGGGACUGCAGAUAUAAAAUAAUGGGGCCUGGCACUGGCUGUGUGGCUGUCGUUUGAGCGUGGUAGUGCACAUGAGAGCAGUUUGUUUGCGAGGCAGUAGUGAGGUAAGACAUAAGACUAAUGGAGGUAGAGGAGAGGGCUGAGGCAGCCAAAGCGGGGCCGAGUCGUUUGACGGCCCUGCAGGAGCAGCUGAUCUGGGCCCUGCUGGAAUCUGGACUGUCCCGGGAGGUUCUGAUCCAAGCCAUGGGGGAACUGGAACGAAACAGGGCAAGUGCUGGCAACGAGAAGGGAGAAAGGGGGGAUGGAGAGAGCUCAGAGGAGGGAGAAAUGGAUUUCCCGCCACCUAUAUUCCGAGAACUGGAGAAGCUCCCUCCAGAGGAGGUGUCCAAAUUGAGGACUGAAGUCGAGCACCUACUGCAUGAGGAUCCCUGGCAUGUUGCAAAAAUGGUAAAAAGCUACAUGCAGCAGCAUAACCUACCUCAGCGGGAGGUGGUGGAGUCCACGGGACUCAACCAGUCUCACCUCUCCCAGCACCUCAACAAAGGCACGCCCAUGAAGAACCAAAAAAGAGCUUCUCUGUACACCUGGUAUGUCAAGAAGCAGUGCGAGAUCAGCCAGCAAUUUACCAAUGCCAAACGUGGCCUUGCAACUGUGAAGGACCAAGGGGAGGACACCAAGAAAGGACGGAGGAACAGGUUCAAGUGGGGUCCAGCAUCCCUGCAGAUCCUCUUCCACGCCUACGAACGACAGAAGAACCCGAGCAAGGAGGAAAGAGAGGGGCUGGUGGAGGAAUGUAACAGGGCAGAAUGCCUCCAGAGGGGCGUGUCUCCCUCCCAGCUUGCUGGCCUCGGCUCUAACCUGGUCACUGAAGUCCGAGUGUACAACUGGUUCGCUAACCGUCGGAAAGAGGAGGCUUUUCGUCACAAACUGGCCCUCGACACGCCUUUCGGCAGUCAGACUGCCUCAUCCUCCAACGCCAACCUUCCACCCAGUCCCGAGCAUGGUGUGAAAUACAGCCAGCACAUCCCAUGCGACACUGUGAGCUCAGCCAGAGGCAGCGGAGGGGAGAGAGUGGGGCAUCUCAUGGUGAGUCCAGUCCAACUGGAACCAAGCCACACACUCCUCGAGACCCAUAACCCCAAGCUGGUGUCCAGCGGUGGGCCACUACCCCCAGUAAGCACUCUAACCUCCCUGCACAGUCUGUCUGCCUCACCUGCAUCCUCACAGAGCCUCAUCAUGGCCUCAGUGCCCAGCGUCAUGAGUCUGGGGGAGUCCUCCCUUCUCAUUGGUUUAGCCUCCACGCAACCUCAGACGGUGCCUGUCAUAAACAACAUGGGAGGCGGUUUCACAACCUUGCAGCCCAUCUCAUUCCAGCAGCAGCUUCACGCCUCUCCUCAGCCGCCAAUACCACAGCAGCUUCAGAGUCACAUGGCUGCCAGUCCGUUCAUGGCAACCAUGGCACAGCUGCCAUGUCACAUGUACAGCAAAUCGGAUUCGCCCCAGUACCACCCGUCCAGUUUGCUCUCGCAAGCCAUGGUCAUCGCAGACAGCAGCAGCCUGACCAGCCUCACUGCUGUCAGACAGAUUCUGACCACAGACCCUGAGGAGCAGGAAGACGCACCUUUACAGGAAGACUCUCUAAACAUGCAACCACACUCACCUGCACCAGUUUCAUCCGAGAGCCUCGAGCUGUAUCCUUCCUCUCAGGCGACAGAAAGCCAUCAAUCUCACCUCCUCUCACCGUCUCCGACAGAAAUCAGCUCCUACAUCCCUGCACAAAUGGUUUCCACAGCACAGUAAAAGAGUCUCCUGACUGUCAGCUGGAUUCAGGAGUGAAUCGGGACGUAUGCCAUGUAAGCUUGGGGCCAGUACUACAAAGCAAGUUCAAAAUACCCAAAAUACUGGCUUCAUCCACCCCAAGAUCAGCAUUCAGAAUAAGUAGUCACCCGAAAGCUGUUAUGAACUUGAUGCGUCAAACCAGGGUCUUUCCAAUCUAGAUCUGACCAAUCAGAAACGUGGACAAGCAGUGCAACUAAUUUUACAAAAGAAGAUAAAACUACAGAAACAGAAACACGAGCAGGUAAGGUCUGCAGUGUAGGUUACCAUGAAGAUGUACCAAAGUAAGAAGCAGGUCGCCUUCGUAACACUGAAAACCCAGAGUUGCACCUGAGCGAUGACACUGUUUGACUCAAACGUCAAACUGUCACUGAAACGAGGACACAGGAAAUUCACUCGACACAGAAAAUCAACGGAAGAUUAACACUGACGUGUAUUUUUUUAUUCAAAUAUUUGUAAAUGUUUUAGAAUUUAAACAAAAUGUAAACUGAUCUGAAACUUGUCAUCAGCAUGUUACCUGCAUUUUUUUAACUCACCUUGAAAUAUUUUCACUUUUUUGUUUUAACAUCAUUAAUGACAAAGUAAAGACCAAUCCCAGCUUUUGAAUAAAAAUAUUUUAAAUCUUUGAA